GUUAAACUCGAGCACUCAAGAUUUGAAAUUUUAAACUUUUUAAAACUAGGCUCAGCUCCAUUAGACCCUAGUUUUUGUCCUCUAUUUAAGCCUCACUCCUCCAUCAUUUGGAUUGCUGGGUUCAGUAGGGCUUUUUUUUGCAGAUUCAAUGGGACAAGUUGUGUUCCUGCAUUUACUUUGUCGAGUUUUGGCUGUUUUGGCUGUUUCGCUGGUGAAUGCAGAAGACCCAUACAGGUAUUACACUUGGACUGUGACUUACGGGAAUAUUUCUCCUCUGGGCGGAGCUCAACAGGUGAUCCUUAUCAAUGGCCAAUUUCCUGGUCCUAAACUCGACGUGGUAACUAAUAACAACAUCAUCCUCAACCUCGUCAACAAGCUGGAUCAACCUUUCCUCUUGACUUGGAACGGGAUUAAACAGAGGAAGAACUCUUGGCAAGAUGGAGUGCUGGGAACCAACUGCCCCAUCCCUCCAAACUCAAACUACACUUACAGGUUCCAAAUGAAGGAUCAGAUUGGGACCUUCACAUACUUCCCGUCAACAAUGUUUCACAAAGCUGCCGGAGGGUAUGGCGCGAUCAAUAUACUUCAGAGACCUGGUAUUCCAAUCCCUUUUGCAACCCCUGAUGGAUAUUUCACUCUGCUUAUUGGUGAUUGGUACAAGCCCAACCACAAGAUAUUACAGGCAUCUUUAGACUCAGGAAAAUCUCUUCCUUUUCCAGAUGGAGUCCUCAUAAAUGGCCAGAGUCGUACUACAUUCAGUGGCGAUCAAGGUAAAACCUACAUGUUUAGGAUCUCGAAUGUGGGCUUGUCUACUUCCUUAAACUUCAGGAUUCAGGGUCACACGAUGAAGCUGGUUGAAGUUGAAGGAUCUCACACACUUCAGAACAUAUAUGACUCUCUUGAUGUGCAUGUUGGACAAUCUGUGGCAGUCUUAGUAACUUUAAAUCAACCUCCAAAGAAUUACUACAUUGUUGCAUCUACUCGUUUUACUAAGCAAGUUCUCAAAGCAACUUCUGUGUUACGCUACACAAACUCAAAGACCCCAGCCUCUGGACCCCUACCUGCUCCUCCUACUGGCCAAUUUGACUGGUCCCUGAGCCAAGCCAGGACUUACAAGUGGAAUCUGACUGCGAAUGCAGCCAGGCCGAAUCCCCAAGGCUCAUUUCACUAUGGAGAGAUAAUUCCAACAAAGACAAUUGUAUUGGCCAAUUCAGCACCUUUAAUAAACGGAAAGAAACGUUAUGCAGUUAACAGGGUCUCCUAUGUUAAUCCUGAUACCCCAUUGAAGCUUGCUGAUUUCUUCAAUAUCUCAGGAGUCUUCAGCGUGGAUUCCAUCCAAAGCAUGCCUUCUGGUGGUCCUGCACAUAUAGCUACCUCUGUUAUAGAAGCCUCACUCCAUGAUUUUGCCGAAGUUGUUUUCCAGAAUAACGAAUACGACAUGCAAUCAUGGCAUCUUGAUGGUUAUGACUUUUGGGUUGUUGGUUAUGGAAAUGGCCAGUGGACACAAGACAAACGACGAACAUACAAUUUAGUCGAUGCUCUUACAAGGCACACUGCUCAGGUAUAUCCAAACUCGUGGACUGCUAUACUGAUCUCCUUAGACAACCAGGGGAUGUGGAAUAUGAGGUCUGCAAUCUGGGAAAGGAAUUAUCUUGGGCAGCAGCUUUAUCUCAGGGUCUGGACUUCAGUCCACAACCUUGCUAAUGAAUAUAACAUCCCUGCCAAUGCUCUACUCUGCGGGAAAGCUACCGAACGACAUCCUUAAUAUGACAAAGUAUUCCAAUGAGGCAAAUUCUAUAAUACACUCAGGUGCAUGUGCUCUUUCACUCGCAUGGACGUAGGAUUCGCUUCUCUUAAAUUAUGGAAGGAUCCACCUCUAAGCUAGUGUAAGGAGCAUCCAAUAAUUUUCCGCCAAUCAGUAAUUUGUUUUCGUAGUCAUGAGGGGUUGACUAGAAAGAGGAAACUGAAUAGAGAUAAAGAAGAGAAAGCCAUAUUUAAACGAGGAUUACAUUUUUAUUGUAUAUGUCAAAGAAAUUUUGGUUGCCUAGCUUUUGCUGCCA